UGUAAUUUCCUUACUCAAUAAUGUUAUCUUAUCUACAAUAUGUGUUGUGUAUCGUUGAAUGGGAAAUUAUAUCAAUGCCACUUUGAUUAAUUAAUAUCAAGUGAUUAAUUGAUAUUUAUUGAGGUUUGUUUCCCUACAAAUUCCAGGGCGAUUUUCCCAUCGGAAAAUGCCUCGUUACCAUCCGUCACUGCGAACCGGCCACGCUGGUCUCUUAUAAAGGGAACCCACGCGAGAGCAAGCUGCAUACCACGGCGGCGCGUCGCGCGCAGACGGAGCCGACGACUGUCACGAUUGUAACGUCGAUCACACGCGCGCAAUCGCCUACGGAGCGACCAUUCAUGGGGUUUCAGAGAUCUCGUCGAUCGUUCCCGAUGAUCGCUUGAACGAUCGCCUCGGUGCGAUCUCGCGAUGCGCGCUGGAUCGCGCUACGGACGCGAUUGCGGACGACUACGUCGUGUGCGGUGAAAGCCCUCGGUGAAUUCCUCCUGGCGAUCGGCGGAGGUGGUGGUGCGCGCGUACGCGUUCGAUCGCUUUCGCUGGUGUGACCAUGGCAUCGAGCGUCUGACACCGUUGGCCAUCAACGCGAAGAUCGUGCGAGGAACCCUCACCAGUCGUAAACCGGCCAGACGCGUGGAUAUAGCGGAGACCGCUGCUGCUCCGCCGGUCAACAACGAGAUCCUCCUCCUCCUGCUCGCUCUCGGAAUCUCGGGGCCGCCGCAGCUGCAAUUCGCUACGAAUCGUCAGAAUCGCGAUUAUGUGCUCGUGGACAACGCUACCGAGCCCACGGUGAUCAAGCCUGUUAUCUAAACGAUCACACGUUUGCUGAUAAGCAAACGUAAUUGGAAUUCCGAGAGGACCUAAUUCGAGAAGACAAUUGCGCGAACAUGGCGCUGGCUAAAAUCAGAAAUUUCAUCGACAGCGGCCUGAAGACGGUGUCCACGCCAUUAGAUCGCACGGUGAAUCUGGAGCCGGAAGUUGGCAUUAGAAUCGUGCACUCGCCAAACGAUAAAACACUGAACGUCACCGUGCUCGGUGCCAGACACUUGCCACAAAACUUCGGCUUCACCAGAGUCAACAGCUACGUCGUAAAGGUAAAGCUAAUUCCUGGAAAAGAAAAGUUUGAGACCACCACGAAGAAUGAAUCUUGGCCACAGUGGAACGAGGAGUUUGUUUUUCCCUUGCGCAAAGAAACUAAGCAAAAGUUUGGCAAAUCGAAGGUCGUCGAGGAGGAAAUUAACGGAUCCAGAUUUAUCGUUGCGACUCUUUAUGCAAUUCUCGAGGAUAAACCUUUGAUCGCAACUGAGAAGAAAGAGGCGGAUAAAGAAAAGACGUCACCUACUAAAGAAUCACCAAAAAAGGGCGGGAAAAAGAAGGAUGGUCAAGGUGCGUCUGCUGACAAUCAGGAAUCUACUAAGAACAAACUUCUCAGUCAGUUUUUUGGCAAGAGUCAGGACAAACUCGCGGAAUCUACAGCCAUGGAAAGAAGAGCUUACGAUAAAAGACGAACUGUUGGCGCGACGACGAUUCCACUUGAUCCGAAGAACUUUGUUUGUAAACCACCGAAAUCGAAACAUGCUAGCGACGUUUCUACGGGAGACUUGUGGAAACCAUUACGACCAAUAGCUAGUGGUAUCUCAGGUGCCGAAGAAAGAAAAGAGAACAAAAAAGGGCAAGUCGAGUUAUUAUUAUGUCUAACGAAAGGUGAGAAAGAUGAAGAUACCGGUGGGCAGCUGAUCUUGUCUCUAAAUCGUCUGAGAUGUUCACUUCAGACGAUGCAUGAGCACGAGAAUCUAAAAGGACAAAUGUAUUUAAAGAUGUCGGUUGUCGAUAGUGGACGAGUAACACAUUUCUGGAAAAGUGAUCGAUUUGCACCGACGGUGUCUAUGAAAUUCCCACCAGAGACUGCGAGAGUUGUCGCCGACAAUCCAUAUAAAGGAGCGCUCAAUGAUGUGAGCUUUGUUGUAAAAUUCGUCUCGAAGAAUAAAAUGAGCAAGAAGACUCCCGUAGGCCACUUUGUGAUUGGACCUGACGUUGGUGGAACUUAUGGCGAACAAUGGAAACAAGCUUUAGCGAAACCAGGGCAACAGAUAACGAAGUGGCAAGCGUUUGAAUAAAAAUAAGGCAUGCGAGAAGUCAGUAACUUAUUCAACAUUACAAAAACGAGUGAAUGUACUUUCCUCUUAGAUAUCUAGAGACAACGAAAAUGAGAACGCUAUACGUGCGCUAUAAAUAUUUAAGAUACCCCCCCCCCCCGAUCGAUAAGACUAUUCCAAAGAAUACUAUAGACACGUAUGCGAAUGCGAACAUGAUUUACAUAAAUCUUUCUUGCUGUACGCAUUCAUAUCUAGGAUCUGCUGUUGAUUUUAUACGAGAAAAUAAUGUGAAUAUCUUAUAACGGAAUAUCAUUUUGAAAGACAAACCUAGUUGCAAUUUUUGAUUGCAUGGAUUCUGUAUAUACAGGAUCUUUGCUAAUUUUAACCGUCCUUGAUUUCUCAAAGGAGAAUUUCUCAAACUCGAUGUUUCUAUUCCGAAUCCGAUCAAUAUAACCGUCCAUAAGAUAAGCACUAUCGUCCAAACAUAUAAAUGUAUAAUGUAAAAUGAGUAAUUAUAUAACAACAUAUCAUAUUUUGUAAGGUUGCAAGAAGAAGGCUCGCUAUUUUAGUAUUAAUUGAUACUUUAUUUCGACACUGAAAAAAUUUUUAUAUAUAUUAAGACAUUUAUAUUAUUACCUUCUACAAAGAGUCGUAAAAGUAACACAUCUUUGAAAAUAAUAAAUUUGAUUAGUUUUAUAUGUAUAAUAAAUGCUCAUUUUUAUUAUUACGCCAGAAACGAAGAAAACGGCGAUCAAUAUCCGGAGUUGAUAUUAGCAAAAA